AUGGCGCGCCGACAUCGCAAAGUCAAACAUACCUCAAAGGACAUUAAAGACCUUCUCGAUAGUCCAACGCUUCACCACAAAAAGACUUCGAAACAGCAACCGUUGGAAUGGGAGGAAGAUUCGGAGGGAGACCUUCAACCGGUAUUCCCCACAGUCGUCGAGUACAAGUACGAUUCGAAGGACCUCGAGCCGUAUAACAAACUCAACCUGCUGCAUCAGGAGAAGAGGGAUAUACAGAAGCUCGUCAGUCGAACCACCACCAUUUCCAUUUCUGAAGUUGCCCGCCGAAAUCCGAGUACAAGUCUAUCGCUACUAGCUGGUCACAUCCGAUUCAUACCCCAAGGGAACCGAUUCUGGGGGGUAGAUAAAUACCAAGUCUUCCCCUUACACGUGUCGCUUCUAUGCAAGCUUAUUCGGUCCGAGGCCGCGCAGGUAUUCUACGGAGAGAAUGAGUUCCGAUUCGCAAAGCAGCUUCGACACCUUUCCCUUACCGCAUGGGCACGGAAUAUCGGCGAUUUCAAUGCUGGCUGGCUGCAGACCGUGACUAUUUGCACUCCUUUUAUCGGGAAGAAAAUAAAAUACCAUUUUGCUAUACGAUGGCUCAACUGCACUUGCGAGUACCAUCUUGAACACUAUGGCUGGACUAAAUCCCUGCCGAGGAAGUCCCAGUUCCAGUUCCAUGAGAAGUUCAACGCGCUGGUUGGAUUCCUCAUGGAAGCGCCAAGCUUGCAGCGGCUCAAUCUUGUUCUGCCCUGGGAUUGGCAGUACUCCGCUCGCCUCGACAAGAUACGUGCUGAAUAUGGACCAGGCAGCAUGGCCAACGAGCCUAUAUGGACGGCGUUAGAGAAACUCUUGUGCGCCAAGCGAUCCCUAGUAGUCACGGUUAUCCGGUUAUGGUACGACGAAUCAGACCUCUGGGAAAAUGAGCUGAACCACGAGCGACAUAUAAAGAAGCUUCGGCAGCGAUUAGGGAUCUGGAACUCCCAAAUGCAGCGAGUUGAUGACGCCUGGUGUUAUCGGGGCCGCUAUGCAUAUUGGGAAAUGCCGCCCAGUAUCCGUGAAGGGCAUCUGGAAGACGUGCUGCUAGACUUACGCUUUUUGUUCACGGAUGAGACUUGGUAUGAGGUCGAGCGCGCGGGGUACGAGGAUGGAAGUCGAUGGUUAAAGACGGCACAAGGAUGA